GACGGCGGGACAGGCGAGAACGAGGCACGGUGAGGAGGGAAAUUGGCUCAGAGGGAAGGGGCUGGACUGAGAAAGGGUCAUAUAAGAAGGCGCUGGAGGAAGGCAGAGGGAGAAACAGAGCCACAGCACCACCACCCCCCUCCGAGACCCCAGCUGCGGGACCAUGGCUCUCCAGCGCCCGAGCACCAUUCUGCUCCUCGGUCUUCUGGGAGUUACCCUGACGCUUCAAGGGGCUCGGGCCCUGAACUGUUACCGAGGGAACUCGUUCUACCUGGGGAAGGGAAUUCCAUCAAGGAGCGAGCCAUCGAACGAUACGUGCGAGUCCGGGAUGAGAUGCCAGGAAUCCGUAAUAAUCAUCCAAGCUGGACCCCAAGUGCUUAGUCUAAACAAUAAAGGCUGCACCUCCAGAGAGGUCCAGGAGCCCCAGGUCACCCGACACAUACGGCCACCGGGACUGGUUGUCACCUCCUACUCCCAAGUCUGCAACUCCGACUUCUGCAACAAUCUCAAAGACACCAGCCAGUUCUUCAGCGAGGCCGACCCCGGUGUCCCCUCCCCACAAGGGCUGAUGUGCCCCACCUGUGUGGGUUUGGGCACGUCCUGCUCCUCAGGCCUUGUCCCAUGCCCUGCCGGGACGAGCCACUGUUACGACGGGAACAUCAAUGUGAAAGGGAGCUUUUCUAGCGCUGUGAGUGUGAAGGGCUGCGUCCAGAAGAGCUGUCGGCUACUCCUCCCAGGCACCCAGGCCAUCGGGGAAUUGGGCACCCAGGAGUCACUGACAAGCUGCUGCCCUGGGGGUCACUGUGAAGCCAAACCCCCGACCCAUCUCCCUCCCACAUCAGUCUCCUCCUCCACCUUCCACCAUGGCCUGGCCUGGUUGGUGGUGGGGCUGACCCUGCUCUUGUCCCUGGUACCUUGAGAGGGUUUCCCCCUUCCCUGCCCUCCCAGAUCCUCACGCUUCCCGAGGACCCUCUGACUCUUGCCCUCCUCGGUGCUGCCCGUGUUUUGGCGGGGUCCUACUCCCCCAAUCCCUUCGCCGCUAGUCACCAAUAAAAGCCCCCGA